GAACUGGACGCAGCUCUGUGCGGCUAUGUCCACGUCGGCUUCACUUCAUCCUUUACCAUAGCCUUUGCCCUCGACUUCUCUUUCUUCACGUCAUCCUCAACUUAGUUUCGGAAACACUCUGGAAACAAUUCGGUGAACGACGAUCAUGUUUCCGACAGCUGCAACGAGCUGGCUCUCGGAUACUUCGCCACUGAAGGUGCUGAUCACUCGAGCAACUUAUCCCUCCCAGCCGGAACCCAACUAUGCACUCAAUCUCGAGGUGGCGGAUUACAUCAAGGAGAAGAAAGGCAACACACCCCGAGAAGCUGCAAUGACCAUUGCACAACUAGUCAACCAUCGAAAUCCUCACGUAGCCAUGCUCGCACUUGCCCUUCUAGACACUCUGGUACAAACAUGCGGAUACCCUUUACAUCUUCAGAUAUCUACCAAGGAGUUCCUCAAUGAACUUGUUCGCCGAUUCCCCGAACGUCCGCCGCCUUUCCCCGGACCCGUCAUGUCGCGCAUCCUAGAAUUAAUUCAUGGAUGGAAAGAGGGAAUAUGCCAGGAGUCGAGGUUUAAGGAUGACUUGGGGAAUAUCAGGGAUAUGCAUCGGCUCUUGACCUUCAAGGGUUAUCGAUUCCGUGACAUGCCAAGACAACAGUCCGUCCCCCCUGCUUCUUACCUGAAAACCGCGGAAGAGCUCGAAAACGAGGAUCGUGAAGCACAGUCCGCCAAACUUCAAGAACUUAUUCGACGGGGUACUCCUCGCGACCUCGCACAGGCUCAAGAACUCAUGAAAUCACUUGCUGGUGCCAACCCCGAUGCAAAACCGGACUAUCGGUCACAAGCCUUGACUGAGCUGAAUAAGCUUGAGAAUAAGGUUAUCUUGCUGAACGAGAUGUUGGAUAAUGUGGAUGUUGCCAGAGGGGAAAGAUUCGCUCAGGGUGAUGUUUACGAUCAAGUCGCCUCAAUAUUGAAGAGCGCACGACCGAAGAUACAAGGAUGGAUAUCAAAUGCCGAAAGUGACGACCCUGAAUCGCUAGAUACGUUCUUGCAAAUUAACGAUCAGAUCAACACUGUUUUGAAUCGAUACGAAUCGUUCAAGAAGGGUGACUUCGUAGCUGCUUCGAAUCCAAUACCUGCGGAACUGGGCCCGAGACAAAACGACUUAUCACUCAUUGACCUCGAUGAGCCUGCAUCAUCCGGUCCAGCAGUGGGCACCGGGGCGGGAGGAACUUCUAUCAACGAACUUGAAGACCUUUUCGGGUCUUCAUCAUCCUCAGCACCACCUUCAAGUAAGCCUCAGGCUCCACCUAUACCGUCAGGAAUGGGUGGAAUAUCAUUUGGUGUUGGUUCGUCCUCCACCCCAGCGGGUUCCCCUUACCCUACGACUACUCCAUUUAACCUCGCUGGUGUUGCACCAGGUUUUGGAUCGAUGAACACGAUGAGUUCACCUCCCAAUCUCAAUAUCUCCACACGACCGAGCACUGUGUCCCCACAACCUUCAACUCCUGCUCAUGGAUCAAUACGAUUACCUGGUACACCUCAGGUGCACGCACAGAGUGGUCCACGGAUGAGCUCCCCUACGCCGAAUUACUUUGGUUCGAGCUCAACUCCAAGUGGUCCUGCUCCUGGGUUUGGAUUGAAUGGAGGCGGCUUCGGCCAGCAAACGUUGCAGCCGCAAACACAAUUCUUCCAACAGCAGCAGCAGCAACAACAUCAUCCUCAGCAGCAGCCACAACAGCCACCUCCGCAGGCGCAAUCUGGGCAAGCGCAGGGAAAAGACCCGUUCGCAGAUCUCGUCGGGUUGUUCUAGCUUUCUUGUAAAUUGUUUUGACGGUGCAAGUGUACGAUGGGUGAAUGGAAUUUCUUCAAUAUCAUAUCCUGUCGCAAAGUAUUUGUUGGGACUAGUGGGAUUCGAACAUACGGUUCUAUUUGUGUUUUUAGCUGUUGUGCCAUGAGCGUGAUUACAUAAGCCGCGACAUGGGUCCCUGCGAUCCAU